AUGGCCGCACUCACGCCAGAGGAACGCCGCGGCGGCGUCCGGGCGGAGGCGGGCUCGGUGCGGCCUUUUCGACGUGCGGGAUAUGUCGGAGGCUGGACGGUUUGGGGUGGGACCGUGGUCCGUGAUGGGUGCGAGAGUGGGUUUCAUCUUGGGUGCCUGAGACCGCGGCAGCGGGAGCGGGCUUUGAGCGGGGAUUGGGUUUGUGGGGAGUGCGCGCUCAGUGGGCCCAUGCAGAAGCGGUUGGUUCUCGGGUCUGAGAAGCUGUUGGAUAUCAAUGAGCCUCUGCCGGGGGGUGAUGAUUGCGCUAUUGGCAGAAUGAGUAAUCAUAAGGAAGUUUCUCCAAAUGGUGGAAUUGAUGAACGGUACUCAUGUAUAAACAUGGUUCAAGCAGGCAAUGGCUUUGAAUUAGCUAAUAAUACUGGCAUUUUGACUGGCACUAGGCAGACUUGUUCUGUACCAAAUUAUGGACUAAAUACAGGCCAAGGAUCUGAGGACCUGGAUUUUGGUUCAUCGGUUAGAGGAAGACCUGUCCUCAGUAGCGCAUCUAGAUCGGGGCAAUUUAGGGAAGAACUGUUUCUCAAUGCCUUGAGAAACUUCGUUUUAGAAAAGGGUGGCUUUCUUGGUGAAGGAUGGCAUGUAGAAUUUAUACAAUCUCCAUAUGCAUAUGGUCCCAAUCCAUUGCCUCUCUAUUGUGCUCCUGAUGGGAAAAAGUUUGAGUCAAUGUAUGAUGUUACUUACUACCUUGGAAUUUCCUCAGGCAUUUCCCCUGUUGAGGUUGAUGAAAGAGGUCCUGAAUCUGGCUCACUGCGGAGACUCCUGGCACCUCGCAGAAGAGGAAAAGAUCUUGCAAGAACUUCUUCAACUAGUAGAUUUACUGAAAACCAUGACACUUUGAAGAUUAGCCAUAUGAACGAGCUUUGUUCUGAUGCAGAGUUUAUACCUCCGAAUUAUGACAUCAAGUGUGCUUCAACAGUUGCAGAAUCUUAUAUGUUGGAAAAUGGCUCCGAAGAAUCUCAAAACUUGUCGAUUGGUCUCCCUCUUCAAUACGAGGACUUCUUUGUUCUUUGUCUGGGGAAAAUAGAUGCCCGAGCAGCCUAUCAUACCAGUCAUCAAAUAUGGCCCAUAGGAUAUAGAUCAAACUGGCAUGACAAGAUUACUGGUUCACUCUUUCUAUGUGAAGUGUCAGAUGAUGGUGAUUCUGGACCUGUUUUCAAGGUUAGAAGGCGUCCAUGCUCAUUGUCUGCCAUUCCCAAUGGGGAAAUUAUUCUAGUGCAUAACAAGGCUAGAAAGGAGGAUGGUGUAGAAAGACUAGAAAGCACUAGUAUGAUAUUUGGCUGUAGCUCUAAUGAAGAGGAGGACAUUGUUAAUCUCCUCUCAGAUCCCAAUCCUUCAGAACAAGAAAUUUUGUCUUUGUUUGGUCAUGAUACUGGCGAACAAUCAUAUGGGUCUUCUGUGCAAAUGAACAUUGAAAAAAAAGAUAGUCUAACAGCCAACCUAACUAGUCAGCCAUCAAGUUAUGUGGAUCCUUCGAGAAAGAGUUCCUGUUUGAGAGAUGUAAUUGGCGAAUUCUAUGUUGAAGGAAAAUCUUCUUCUUCAGUAUGGAAACUGGUAUCCCGGACUUUUACUGAUGCUUGCCUCGAAGCGUAUAAACAGUAUGGUUGUUUGCAAUUCUGUUGUACUCAUAGCUCAUUUUCCUCAGGUUGUGAAACUCUAAAAGAUUUACAACAUCUUGGCUCACUGGCUAGAUUUUGUUGUGCCUCUGGGCCAAUUGAAACUCCUAGAACUAUUCAAAGUGAUGUUGAACUGGAAUCUUCACUAAGCUCACUUACAAUGUGGUUAGAGCAAGAUAGAUUUGGAUUAGAUAUGGGUUUUGUACAGGAAAUCAUAGAAAACCUUCCUGCAUCCCGUGCUUGUGCACAAUAUCGUUUUUUAAUUGAUAGGAAAGACUACUCAUUGUCAUGUACAGUUGGGAGUGGGUUACUUCUAGCCACGCAGAAGAAUGGAGAAAGAGCUGGUGGAGAAGUAUCAUCUGGUCUAUACAAUAGACAAAAUGGAUCAAAGCUGCAGGAUUUGCAUGAAGAUCCUCAGUUAGCUGGCAGGCAACCGCCUCCUGGACGGCCUUUAAGCAGUAAGAUUCCUGGAGAGCUUAUGGGAGAUGUUUUCCAGAUAUGGGAAUUUUUCUGGCGUUUCUAUGAAAUUUUGGGUCUUAAAGAACCUUUGUCAUUUGAGGAUCUCGAAGAGGAACUCAUCGCACCAUGGCCUUGUGACUUGAAUCAGCUGAAAAGAAUUGACAAGGAAAAUAGGGAUUUUAGAGAGCCAGGAACUGAUAGUGCUGAUUGCUCAGUUUCAUUGGCUGCUGGUGCAUCUGAUUCAACAAUGCACAGGGACAGUUCAUUACAUUUAAUGCCAGUAGAAGCGGCUGCAACGAGGGAAGCUACCCAAGUUAAAGUGGCAUCAUGUACUUUUGGGAGUUGCAGUGGUGUUGCACUGACAAAAGCACAUAUCUCACUACUGAAGGUGUUGGUUGGAGAACUUCUAAACAAGGUUGCUGCUUUUCUAGAUCCAAACUUUGAUUCUAGAGAUCUAAAAUCCAAAAGGGGAAGGAAGAAAGAUACUAGAAUCUCCUAUCCUCCAAAAGAACCAAAGAAUGACUUAUCUACUAUUAAUGAGCUGACAUGGCCAGAGUUAGCUCACAGAUAUAUUUUAGCAGUCUUGUCAAUGAAUGGUCGUGUGGAAGAUGUCAGUGCUCGUGAAAGCCUAAAAAUCUAUCGCUGUUUACAAGGCGAUGGCGGUGUACUCUGUGGCUCUCUUUCUGGAGUUGUUGGUAUGGAAGCAGAUGCAUUGCUUCUUGCAGAGGCAGAGAGGCAAUUAUCUUGUACUACAAAACAGAAGAGUGAUGUUUUGCCUGUUGACCACAAGGAUUCUGAUGCAGCAGGUACACUUGAGCCAGCAAACAUUACAAGCAGCAAUCUUCCUGAGUGGGCACAACCACUGGAGCCUGUAAGAAAACUGCCUACUAAUGUGGGAGCAAGGAUUAGAAAUUGCGUAUACUCGUCUUUGGAGAAAAGUCCACCAGAAUGGGCAAAGGAGAUUCUGGAGUAUUCAAUCAGUAAAGAGGUUUACAAGGGGAAUGCAUCAGGCCCUACCAAGAGAGCUGUUUUGUCUAUUCUUACAAAGUUAUGUGGUGGCAGUCAGCAACAAAAGCCUGCCAAAGCACCAAAAAAGAAAAUACCUCUUUUUGCAUCUGAUGCUAUAAUGAAAAAAUGCCGUAUCGUGCUACGCUCUGCUGUUUCCGCAGAUGAAUCAAAAACAUUUUGCAAUUUGCUUGGUACCACCUUACCUAACUCUAGUGAUAACAAUGAAAGGGGUAUUCUUGGAUCACCUGCUAUGGUGUCUCGCCCUUUAGACUUCCGAACAAUUGAUUUAAGACUUGCAGUUGGGGCUUAUUGUGGGUGUCAUGAAGCAUUUCUGGAAGAUGUUCGGGAGGUUUGGCGUAAUCUACACGCUGCAUACGGGGAUCAACCUGAUUUAACACCUCAACUGGAAAGGUUAUCACAGAAUUUUGAGUUUUUAUACAAGAAGGAGGUUCUGUACCUAUUUGAAAAAAUUGCACAUCACUGUGGCACUGAGCAAUUAUAUGCGGAAAUACAGAAAGAAUUGAAUGACAUUCUGCUUGGUGGAAAUGAAUUACCUAAAGCACCUUGGGAGGAUGGAGUAUGCAAAGUUUGUGGCAUAGAUAAAGAUGACGUGAGUGUUCUUUUGUGCGACAAGUGUGAUUCUGAGUACCAUAGAUACUGCCUAAACCCUCCCCUUGCCCGAAUUCCUGAUGGGGACUGGUUUUGUCCAUCUUGUGUUACGGAUGAAGAUAACGUGCAAUAUGAAAGUCUACAUAUUUAUCCUGUAACUAGCUUUCCAAGAAGAAAUCUAGGAGAUGAAACUCGUGCUUUUCAAGAGGGACUGCAUCAGCUCACUAACUCCAUGCAAGUAAAAGAGUAUUGGGAACUCAACACUGAAGAGAGAAUUUUAUUGCUGAAGUUUUUGUGUGAUGAGGUUUUGAGCUCUGCACUUAUUCGUGAACAUCUUGAACAAUGUGCUGACAAGUCAAAUAAUGCGCAACAAAAGCUGUAUGCUCUUACUAUUGACUGGAGAAAUUUGAAAGUUAAGGAAGAACUAUUAGCAAUAAGUCUGAGAGAACAUUCUGGCAAAUCCAGUGGAAACAGAGAUUUUAUAGGAGAAGAAGGGACGACUGCUAUGGAUGCUAACCGAAUUGGAAUGGCGGAGCAGAGUCAAAAUUUCAGCAACAAUGGAGUAAUCUAUAACACAAAAUUUUCUGGUACUCCACUUAAAAGAGCAUCUGCCUUAUUAAAGGAGUGCCCUCAGGAGAAUGGCCAAACUGAUGCCAACCAGAGCUUUGGCCAAUUACUGGACUGCAUGAUUGACAAGCAUGCUAAUGUUAAUAAAUCUCUAACCCAGCAGAUGCUGUCAGAUUCCAUGGCCACUGAACGUGAAACACACACAAUCAAUGGUCAUGUUCUGAAGAAGGCUACAAUAAAUGGCAAUCCAUUUUCUGUUAUAACUGUUGGCAAUAGUAAUGAAAUGAAUGGGCACGAAAAUUCAGUAGUUCCUUUGCAGCAAAGAAAAGGAGCAGCCGGGGACGUGGUUCAUGGUGUUGACUCUGGAAAUGCACAAAGGAUGCUGAUUGGUGUCGCAAAGGACCCAUCAUACAGUUUGGAUGCAAAAGACAUUCUAAGUAGAGAAGGAAAUGGAAGAGUACAGCCAAGUGCAGAUGACGUUCAUGGGUCUCAUCCAACUUUGUACAAUGCAAGAACUCGACUUGGUGAUACUCGUUCCAUGACUUUAUGCUUUGGUAUCGACAUGCCAGUAGGAGAAUUGCUUCCUACCCAAUCAAAUACACUUUUGCAAAAAAGCAACUUAGAUGCUCCUUCAAGUCACACUGAUCUUGAAGCCAGAAGUCUUGAGUUGAACUCUCUAAGGAAUGAGAUUUCACAUUUGCAGGAUUCGAUAGCCAGUUUAGAGCGCCAGGUUAUGUUCACAUCAUUGAGAAGGGACUUCUUGGGAAGAGAUUCUAUUGGUCGAUUGUAUUGGGUUAUUGGCAAACCUGGCAAGCGUCCUUGGUUAGUAGUGGGUGGAGGCAUGACAAUGCCUUUAGUGAUACAUGAAUUUGGUACUGAGAUCCAACAACUUGUCAACUGGUUAAGAGAUGCUGAUCCUAGAGAAAAGGAAUUAAAGGAGUUUAUCUUGCAAUGGCAAAGGCUUGCACUUUAUCGUGAGAAUAUUUAUGCCAGAAUUGAUCCCAAACCAAAAUCAUCGACCGUUGAAAAACUCAUGACUACUUGUCGUUUAAUCACAAAAGCUCUAGGUAUUCUUGAGAACAAGUAUGGUCCUUGCUUGGAACUAGAAGCCAGUGAAAUUCCAAAGAAACGUGGAAGGAAGGGAAAAGGAAAUAUCAAAGUGAGAAUGUACAGAUGUGAGUGUUUAGAGCCUGUAUGGCCUUCUCGACGCCAUUGUCUCACCUGUCACCAAACAUUAUUCUCUGUCCGUGAUUUUGAAGGUCAUAAGGAUGGAAGGUGUGCUCCAGUUAUUCUCGCUUAUGAAAGGAAAGAAAGUGAUGAUCAAAUGAAAGGAAAUGGAACAAGGUCUGGUAACACAAAAGGAAAAGACCACUCUGAUGAUUUGGAGACAUUGCAAAAGGGGAAAUUUGAUAUGUAUUCAAAGUUAGUCAAAUUCCCGAAUAGAGUAUGCCCUUAUGACUUUGCCGAGAUCAGCAAAAAGUUCAUUACAAAUGAUUCUAACAUGGAGUUGGUUAAGGAGAUCGGACUUAUUAGUUCAAAUGGGGUCCCAUCUUUAUUACCAUAUCCUCCUAUGAUUUUUGAUCCUCCAUUAUUUCUAGAACAAAGUAAAAACAUUGAUUUUCAUCUGAAUGAGGGGGUUGCCUCAUCAAACAAUUGUUUAUCAACAUCCUUGCAAAUUGGAGUAGGCAAUGUAUCUCAUAGUGUGACAGGAAACAAGACUAGCUAUGAGACCAAGUCGAAUCAGAGUUGUUCUGGCAAUGGCAAGGGUCAGUUACUGCAAACUUCUUUAUCACAUAUAACAACUGGGAAACAUGCAUCAUUAAAGGCACUGCAUUCAAACAUUGCCCGGAGCUGCAUAAUUCCAGAGCUUUCACUCAGGCCGCUGCUUGGAAAAGUCUCUCAUGUUCUCAGGCAGCUCAAGAUAAAUUUACUCGACAUGGAGGCAGCCCUGCCAGAGGAAGCAUUAAGAACUUCGAGGUCUCUUAUAUCGAGAAGAUGCGCCUGGCGUGCGUUUGUCAAGUCCGCGGAGUCGAUAUUUGAGAUGAUUCAAGCAGCAAUCUUGUUAGAAGGUAUGAUUAAGACAGAUUACUUGAGAAAUGGGUGGUGGUACUGGUCAUCCCUCACAGCUGCAGCAAGAACUUGCACUGUUUCAGCUUUGGCUUUCAGAAUAUACACUUUGGAUGAUUCUAUCAUUUAUAUGAAGUAUAAGGACCCUGAGAUACCCACUUCUUCAGACCCUUCAGCAGAGAAUUUGCGGACUAUGAACAGGACAGCGGGAAAGAAAAGAAAAGUUAUGACUGAUUUGCACCUUCCUAGUAAUGUCUUCAUGUGUAAUUUAAAUCCUGAAUGAAGUUUUGAGAAUUUUGCUGAGACUAGCUUUCUGGCGAGUCUUCUGAUAGCUACUCUAAGAAGAAUCCCAGGAUGGAGUCACACUGGAAAGGAGUCUCUGCGAUCAGUAGCAGCUGUCAGACAAAACUUGAGUGUUAGUGCCUUUGCUGCUUCUGUGUAGAUAGCUGUAUCGUCUGUAUAUGAAAAGAUUGACAAGUGCUGACUCAGGAUGGUAGCUGACUUAAGAAGCAAGAGGGUUGUUAAAGGUGGUGUAUUUUGGCUGGCUGGAUUAUCAGGUUCCAUGCUGUCUAAACAUGCAUUGUGGUCCUUGUUUUUCUCUGCCGUUGUUUUUCUCUCGGCAGAGCACAUUUUGCAAGGGGAUAGGUCACUCCCCUUAGUGGCAACAAUUUAUACAUCAUACAAAUAGUAGAAGCAAUGUAAAAGAAGCUCAAAUUGGGCAACAUUUUUAUCAAAUGAGGAUUAGUUACAGAUAUAAUGUGCAUCCCUUUUCCUCUCUCUUUUACAUGCACGCACGGCACACAAACCCGUAGUUUUAUGUGGAUACUUCUUGAAUCACGACUAUGCUGGUUUUAGGAAAAUUGAGGAAGUGACUGCUUAAUCUUAAUAGUUUUGAAAGAAAA